AUGCCCGUCCCUUUCGAAGCCCUGAUUCCCUAUGGAAUCAUCCUAGCCAUGUUUGGCGCCACCGGUGCUGGCAUGUCCAAGAUCAAGCACAUGCAAAACGGUGGCAAGCGUGCACGACGAUCGAUCGAUCAGUGGGACAGACAAAUGAUGGACCGUGACCGAAGAUUGACCGGCUACUUGAGAGGACAGUCGGACCAUGCAUUGGCACCAGUAGGCUUUGAGCUGAACAACCCAUGGAGGGUCGAGAAGAGAAUGUCGUAA